UAUUUCCAUCAAUCCUGAUGUUGUUCUUGUCUUGUUUUACGGAUGUUGCUGCUCAACUACUUUUUGCCUCAAUGCCGUUCAUUCUUGUGUUUUCAACUGUUUUCGUCUUCUGUGCCAAAAAGAAAGAUCAGAAAGAAUCCAAAGAACCCAAACCUGAGCCUCCACCACCUAAAUUCCUGAAAGAUUGGCCAACAGAGAAAGUUCGGGCAAAUGAGGUAGGCUAUGGUACGUUGUCAGCAAUUAAGCCGGAUCAACUCUUCCCUCAGCAAGGCGCGGCGUCGAAAAACAACGUCAGUAGUAAUAAUAAAAUGGUGGCAAACAAAAGCUAUUAGGAUUGUUCUAAAUUGCAAAAGAAAAG